CACCUCCCGGUUUUAUUUUGCUAAGGACGUUGUCUAUCUUCGAGAUGAAUCUGAGUUGAAUCGAAUAAACAAGAAUGGAUCCGUUUGACAAUGCGCCGUUAACAGGCUGUGUUGAUCUGCGCAUGCUCUGUGCGGUUGGCGGGUCGAGCGGCGGCGAUGCCUCGGGAAAUUAUCACUUUGCAGCUCGGCCAGUGCGGCAAUCAAAUUGGCUUUGAAUUCUGGAAGCAGCUUUGUGCAGAACAUGGUAUCAGCCCUGAAGGAAUUGUUGAAGAAUUUGCCACUGAGGGUACUGACAGGAAGGAUGUCUUCUUCUACCAGGCAGAUGAUGAGCAUUAUAUCCCAAGGGCUGUCCUACUGGAUUUGGAACCUCGUGUGAUUCAUGCAAUCCUGAAUUCACCUUAUGCAAACCUGUACAAUCCAGAGAAUAUCUAUCUGUCAGAGCAUGGAGGAGGUGCAGGCAAUAAUUGGGCCAGUGGCUAUUCUCAGGGUGAAAAAAUCCAUGAAGAUAUUUUUGAUAUUAUUGACCGAGAAGCUGAUGGCAGUGACAGUUUGGAGGGCUUUGUUCUGUGUCAUUCCAUUGCUGGUGGGACAGGUUCUGGUCUGGGGUCCUACCUCCUAGAGAAGUUGAAUGACAGGUACCCAAAAAAACUGGUGCAGACUUACUCUGUGUUCCCUAAUCAGGAUGAGAUGAGUGAUGUUGUGGUGCAGCCUUAUAAUUCAUUGCUGACACUAAAGAGAUUGACACAGAAUGCAGACUGCGUGGUUGUUCUUGACAACACGGCGUUGAAUCGGAUUGCAACAGACAGGCUUCAUAUUCAGAACCCGUCCUUCUCCCAGAUCAACCAGCUGGUCUCCACCAUCAUGUCUGCAAGUACCACCACGUUGAGGUACCCUGGAUACAUGAACAAUGAUCUGAUCGGGCUAAUUGCCUCUCUCAUUCCCACUCCAAGACUGCACUUUCUUAUGACCGGCUACACUCCACUUACUACUGAUCAGUCGGUACCAAGUGUACGGAAAACAACAGUCCUGGAUGUCAUGCGAAGGUUGUUGCAGCCAAAGAAUGUGAUGGUGUCCACUGGCAGAGACAGACAAACUAAUCAUUGUUAUAUAGCAAUUCUAAAUAUUAUCCAGGGAGAGGUGGACCCUACUCAGGUACACAAGAGUCUGCAAAGAAUAAGGGAACGGAAGUUGGCCAACUUUAUUCCAUGGGGUCCAGCCAGUAUACAGGUGGCACUUUCACGCAAGUCUCCUUACUUGCCUUCAGCCCAUCGUGUAAGUGGCCUCAUGAUGGCUAAUCACACCAGCAUCUCCUCACUGUUUGAGCGAACCAGCAGACAAUAUGACAAGCUUAGAAAGCGAGAAGCUUUCUUGGAACAAUUUCGCAAAGAGGACAUGUUUAGGGAGAACUUUGAUGAGCUGGACACUUCUCGAGAGAUUGUGCAGCAACUGAUUGAUGAAUAUCAUGCUGCUACCCGUCCUGACUAUAUCUCCUGGGGCACCCAGGAGCAGUAAAAUAUAACUUUAAUAGACAACAUUACAGAGUUUUCUGAUUUGAUAAAUAACAACUAUAUGUAUCUGUGUCUGCUAUUUGUGUUAAAAUUUCCUUUGUAUAAAGAAAAUAAUUCAACACUGCAAAACACGGCAAAUGUGCAACAUGCCCUGGGUCAGGCCAAUACUGGUCUCGUAUGUAACACAGCUGUCCCAUACCAUCACCAGACACAUUGAGAGAAAAGUUGUGUGAAACCUGGUAAUUCUGACAUUAUUCAGAUAGCUGUAUCUGUAUAACUGAAUUUCAAUUAGUUUAGUAAUUCACUAUUAUGCAUUUCUGUAGUUUUGAUUACAGCAUUGGCAUGAGCAACAUAAAUGUGGAGUCAGCUUUAAGUGUAUACAUUGAGCUGUCCAACCUCUCUGUCAGUGUGUAAUAUACACAGGCUGUGAAACUUGUGAGACAGCACAUCUGAGGAAGUGUUUGAAUCACUCCAAAAAGACAUGCAUUGAUACUUCUGUUAAGAAAAAGCGUCCAAUUUCUUCAUAAGCUCUUUUUUAAAAAAAAAACACACCUUCAAUAACGUGCAACUUCCUUUUUAUAAAUUUUGGUGAGACUGUCAUUCAAACAAUAUCAGAUGAGACUAUUUAUUAUUGAUCUCACUUUCCCACUGACUUACUGUUUAAUGAAUAUACUGACAUAUUUAAAUUGAGAGGUUUAAUGUUUGUCUGCCAAGGGCAUUGUGUACCUGGUCUCAGCUCCCCUCAGAGCAUUUGGAGUGACUGAGACAAGAUGAACUAGUCACAUUUGCUUCCCAUCGAUGGAAAAGUGCAGGUACAGUGAGCUUCCAAACUUCUGAAUAUCCUGGCCGUCACCAGGAUUGUUGAUACACUUGAUCAGUGAGACAUUAGUAAAGCAUAUGCUCAUUCAUUGAAGCAGCUGUUGGUUUAUUAAAGGGCUCCAGAAGCCUAUAUUUUAAAUUCAACUGUAUAAAUUUUAAUUGAUAUGCAUUUCAAUUUCAUUUGUGGUUUCUGUAGACUCCAGGGUAGUCACAAAAACGUAUCUAUCAGUGAUCCCUUCAACAAAGAUGCCAUUAAAAAUAUUUGGACCUCUUUCACUUA